AGUUGACUUUCGGCUCCUUCGACAAUCGACACAAAACUCGUAGGGGGAUCUCUCCUGAGAAAUUUGAUUCUUCGAUCGUUUUGAAUACAGUUUCAGAUUUUCUGAGCAAAAUCUUGUGAAGAUCAAUCAUCUCAUUAUAUACAUAUUUUGUGGAUUCAAAUCCCCCUCUAAACUCUGCUAAUAUACAGCCAGCUUGAUUUUCUCUCAUAAAUAGCUUAGAAUUACAUCCAAAGCCACCAUGGUUGUGUCUUGUAUCUGGCUAAUGUUCUUCUUUUCCCUCUUUGGCUAUAGUGGUGUUCUUGAGCUUGAGGGUUUCCACCACGUUUGCCGAAACGGACAUCAAACUGCACAAUAUUCUAAUUCUGGGAAUCAACCUUACCGAACUUCUUAUCACUUCCAGCCUCCCAACAAUUGGAUGAAUGAUCCUAAUGGACCAAUGUUACGUUUCGGAAUCUACCAUCUGUUCUACCAAUAUAACCCAAAAGCCGCAGUUUGGAGCAGCAAUGUUAUCUGGGGCCACUCUACAUCAACGGAUCUCGUGAAUUGGACCCCACAUGAUCCAGCAAUGUACCCAUCACAGCAGUCCGAUAUCAACGGCUGCUGGUCGGGUUCCGUCACGAUCCUCCCCGGAGACCACCCGGUCAUCCUCUACACUGGAAUUGACGCUGAGAAUCGCCAAGUACAAAACUUGGCUGCGCCCAAGAACUUUUCUGACCCAUUCCUUAGGGAAUGGGUUAAGUUCAAACAUAAUCCACUACUGGCACCCAAUUCCAAGAACAAAAUCAAUGCAACCUGUUUCAGAGACCCAUCCACUGCUUGGCUUGGCCGUGAUGGGAAUUGGAGAGUGAUCAUUGGCAGCCAAAAGAAAGAACGGGGCUUGGCAAUUCUCUUUAAGAGUAAUGAUUUUUUUCAUUGGGAAGAAGCUGAAAAACCACUUUGCUCUGCUAAGGACACAGGAAUGUGGGAAUGUCCUGAUUUUUAUCCAGUUUUGAUCGAAAGCCCGCUUGGUAUUGACACUUCAAGUAAUGGUCCGGAUGUCAGAUAUGUGCUCAAGGUGAGCUUCUUUAACAUACUACAUGAUUACUACAUGAUCGGGACUUAUAACAAGGACAAGGAUAUCUUCAUUCCGGAUAACGGACAAUUCAAUGAAGACUCGAGCAUGCGAUAUGAUUAUGGAAAAUUUUAUGCCUCAAAGACUUUCUUUGACAACAAGAACCCACUCCACAGAAGGAUCUUGUGGGGUUGGGUAAAUGAAUCUUCAAGUAUCAUUGAUGAUAUGAAGAAGGGAUGGUCUGGGGUUCAGGCGAUUCCAAGGAGUAUUUGGCUCGAUGAAUCUGGAAAACAAUUGGUGCAAUGGCCAAUCAAAGAAAUUGAAAAGUUGCGUGGAACCCAGAUCGAGUUGCCUUACCAAGUGCUAAGUGGGGGAUCAGUGCUUGAAGUUUCUGGUCUCACAGCAGCACAGGCAGACGUUGUGAUUUCAUUUGAAAUAAGUGAGUUUAUUAAAGCUGAAGUGCUGGAUCCAAGUUGGACCAACCCACAAGUACUUUGUAGCAGAAAGGAUGCAUCAGUUAAAGGUGGCCUAGGGCCAUUUGGGUUGCUAGUUUUGGCUUCAGAGGGCCUGCAGGAGUAUACAGCAGUAUUCUACAGAAUAUUCAAAGGCCAUAACAAAUAUGUGGUGCUCAUGUGCAGCGACCAAAGCAGAUCUUCUUUGAAUCAAGAUAACGAUAAGACCAUUUAUGGGGCAUUUGUGGAUGUGGACCCUGUUCUGGAGAAGCUGUCACUAAGAAGCUUGUAUGCUUAAUUCAGAGUCCAGCCCUACCAAAAGUGCCACCGGCCACUUCGGUAUACAUCGCCCCCUUUCUUUCUGAUCAAGUCUUCCUUACCCACCAAGCCCCUCCCUACUGGUUGUUUUCGUUUACUGCUUUCUAUUUUAUCAAAAACAACAAAAAGAAGAACGUCUAUUUUGGAUGAUUAUUUCGUCCUUCAAAAACCUCCAUACUUAAACCUAUUCUGUCAAAUCAAAACUAAAUAAAGGCACCAGUGCUAAAUACAAAGCUUAACUUUGUUUUAUAUUCCCUUUCCCACAAAUCAUGUGUUGGUUUUUUUUAAUGGUCGAGCAGUACUAUAAAAAACAAUUGCCUAUUGCUUUAAACAAAGCAAGAUCUAGCUAGCCCCACGUCUUUGGCAUGUGUCCCUCGACCUCGUCUGUAUUAAAAUUGAACAUGGCAGUAAUACGUGAGAAGCAAAUAAAGCUACUUUUGGUUAGGGUAAACAAACCACGUAUGCCUAGAAGUCAAUGCCUACACAUUUACACGCAAUCAUGAA